CCCGAAGCUCCCGCUUCCAAGAUGGCGGCAGCGGUUUCUUUCCGGCUGUCGGGGUGGUGGUGAAGACUGGCUGCAGAAGGUCAGCUCCCAGGUGGUCACGCUCCCUGCACCUGCAGAGCUAGCUCCCAGAAACGUGAAGAACGGAAAGGAGCCAGUUUCCUCCGCCUCCCUGGGUUCUCUUGAGGCCACUCCACAGUCCUGUUAAGACUGCCUCACCCCUGGCGAAACUGGUCCUAAGAUUGCUGUUGGAGUGCUGGAUGGAGCCUUCCUCUGUCCUCUGUGACAUUUCCAAUUUUAUAUAAUGCCUCACAUCUCUGCUCCCCCGGGACCCCGUGGAGUCCCCAUGAUCCUGAAGAAGACAGCUUGAACCUAGACUACACCCCAGGAUGCUGCGGAGGCUGCUGGAGCGACCCUGCACUCUGGCCCUGCUUGUGGGCUCCCAGCUGGCUGUCAUGAUGUACCUGUCGCUGGGGGGCUUCCGAAGCCUCAGCGCUCUAUUUGGCCGAGAGCAGGAGCCGACAUUUGACUACUCUCAUCCCCAUGAUGUCUACAGUAACCUCAGUCACCUGCCUGGGGCCCCUGUUGCCCCAGGGGGCCCCCCAGCUCCUCAAGGUCUGCCCUACUGUCCAGAACGAUCUCCUCUCUUAGUGGGUCCCGUGUCCGUGUCCUUUAGCCCAGUGCCGUCACUGGCAGAGAUUGUGGAGAGGAAUCCCCGGGUGGAACCGGGGGGCCGGUACCGCCCUGCAGGGUGUGAGCCCCGGUCCCGAACAGCCAUCAUUGUGCCCCAUCGUGCCCGGGAGCACCACCUGCGCCUGCUGCUCUACCACCUGCACCCGUUCCUGCAACGCCAGCAGCUUGCUUAUGGCAUCUAUGUCAUCCACCAGGCUGGAAAUGGAACAUUUAACAGGGCAAAGCUGCUGAAUGUUGGGGUGCGGGAGGCCCUGCGUGAUGAAGAAUGGGACUGCUUGUUCUUGCAUGAUGUGGACCUCUUGCCAGAGAACGACCACAAUCUGUAUGUGUGUGACCCCCGAGGACCCCGGCAUGUUGCUGUUGCCAUGAACAAGUUUGGAUACAGCCUCCCGUACCCCCAGUACUUUGGAGGGGUCUCGGCGCUCACUCCUGACCAGUAUCUGAAGAUGAAUGGCUUCCCCAAUGAAUACUGGGGCUGGGGUGGUGAGGAUGAUGACAUUGCUACCAGGGUACGCCUGGCUGGGAUGAAGAUCUCUCGGCCCCCCACAUCUGUGGGACACUAUAAGAUGGUGAAGCACCGAGGAGAUAAGGGCAACGAGGAAAAUCCCCACAGAUUUGACCUCCUGGUCCGAACCCGGAAUUCCUGGACUCAAGAUGGGAUGAACUCACUGACAUACCGAUUGCUGGCUCGAGAGCUGGGCCCUCUCUAUACCAACAUCACAGCAGACAUUGGAACUGACCCUCGGGGUCCUCAGACUCCCUCUGGUCCCCGUUACCCACCUGGUUCCUCCCAGGCCUUCCGUCAGGAGAUGCUGCAGCGCCGGCCCCCAGCCAGGCCCGACCCUCUGCCUGCUGCCAACCACACAGCUCCCCAUGGUUCACACUGACUCCUCCUUAAUCAUGAAACUGAAUCAGAAGAGUUGUGUUCUCCCCACCCUCAGCUCCUCACUGCUCUUAGAGGGGAUGUGGGGGAAAUGAACUCUACUGCCGUGCUGGGGGCAGGGGCCUCUCCUCACUGCUGGACUGGAGCUGGGCUCCUCUAGCCCUGGGGGUCCCUCUUUCUAGGGUCACCAGCCAGGGCUUAUGACUGUGAAUCCUUGAUGUCAUGAUUUUCUGUGAUGACUCCUAGGAGUCCCCUGCCCAGGGGGUAAGAGCAGGGCUGGACCCCAAAUCCCUUCCUCUUCCAUGGAGAGAAGAGUGUUCUGACUUCUCCCGGGACCUCUGUGAAUAUUUAUUCUAUUUAUGGUUCCCAGGAAGUGUGUUUGAAGGAAGCCCCUCCCAGGGUACUUUCUGCCAGUGCUGGAGUAGCUCCCUCUUCUGGACCUUGCUCAGGGGGCUGGGAUUUUGAUAUAUUUUCUAAUAAAGGACUUUGUCUUGC